UUCUAGAACAAAGACUCGCUUCCAAGGGAAACAGCACACAGAUCAUACUGACCAUAUUAAGUUGUUGUGGCCUAUAAUUGGUUGCACCGGGAGACAGGGCUACAGUGGCUAUUACAGGUAAGCAUAGUAAUCCAGAGAAGAAACAAGAUGUCCAAGACUGCAGGGAAAUAACAACGGGGAAACAAAUGGAUUUGCUAGGAUAGCAUGGACGGCACACAAUUCAAGAUCUAAUCAAAGAAUGAAGGCAGACUGUCCCUCCUCCCAAUAUAAAGAGGGCUAAAGGGAGGUGGUCCCAGCUGCAGCAUGGGAGGUCCCAAUGGCACCUCAUUUACCUACACCUUUCAUGGAGACCCUCAUGCCAUGUUUGCAGAGUUCUUCGGUGGGCGCAAUCCUUUUGAUACCUUUUUUGUGCAGAGGAAUGGAGAUGAAGACAUGGAUGUCGAUGAUCCUUUUGCAAAUUUUCAAAGCUUUGGAAACAUUGGCUUUACUCGCACUCGUGGAGGCCAUGAAAAUGUGCGCAAAAAACAAGACCCUCCUAUUACUCAUGAGUUGAGAGUAUCCUUGGAGGAGAUUUAUACUGGAUGCACCAAGAAAAUGAAAAUUUCCCAUAAACGUCUUAAUGCGGAUGGGAAAACCACACGUAAUGAAGAUAAGAUCCUCACAAUUGAAGUAAAACGUGGAUGGAAAGAAGGAACAAAGAUUACUUUCCCCAAAGAAGGAGACCAAACGCCAAACAACAUUCCAGCUGAUAUUGUCUUUGUUUUAAAGGACAAGCCACACAGCAUUUUUAAGAGAGAUGGAUCUGAUAUUGUAUACCCAGCCAAGAUCAGCCUCCGUGAGGCUUUGUGUGGUUGUACUGUGAAUACUCCAACACUCGAUGGUAGGACCAUACCAAUGGUAUUCAAGGAUGUCAUUAAACCUGGAAUGAAGCGAAGAAUUCCUGGAGAAGGUCUUCCAUUUCCCAAGAAUGUAAACCAGCGAGGGGAUCUUAUUAUUGAGUUUGAUGUAAGAUUCCCGGACAGAAUUCCACAGGCUUCUAAAAGUGUCCUAGAACAGAUCUUGCCAAUAUAGUGAGAUUUUCAGUGAAAAUUGGACUGAAAUGCCUCCAAAGCAGAGGAUUUUUGGACUAUCAGGAUUUCAGGGUCUCUUUUGGCAAGAGAGUCGGGGAGUAACUUCAUAUUGCUAAAAGUU